AUGCCUUUAAGGGGGUCCAUAGACACACUUAACAAACCACACAACGGCAAUUUUCUCAAAGAAGUGGAGCUUGUGGCCAAAUUUGGUUUAGUUAUGAAGCAGCAUGUUAGUAAGGUGGAAAUUGGAGUAGGUAAUCACAUUCAUUAUCUUGGCAAAAGAUUUCAAAAUGAGCUAAUAAAUGCCAUCAGUGGAAACAUAUUAGAAAAAUGGUGGAAGAAAUCAAAGUAUUUCUCCAUCAUUUUAGAUUGCACACCUGAUCUGAGUCACAAGGAACAGCUCUCUGUCAUUAGGACUGUGUCACUGGAAGACACGCCACAAAUAAAGGAACAUUUCAUGGGGUUCCUUGUGGCAGAGGAGUCAACUGGAGCAAGUUUGUCAUCCCUCAUUCUUAAAAGGCUAGAGGAGUUAAACAUCCCCUUUGAGGAUUGCAGAGGGCAGUCGUAUAACAAUGGUGCCAACAUGAGGGGAAAGAAUAAAGGUGUUCAAGCUGGGCUGCUUCAGCAAGAAUUCAAGGGUCUUAUAUGUUCCAUGUGGGGCUCAUAUGUUAAAUCUACUGGUCGCUGA